GCAAAUUCAACUUGCAAAAAUAACACCAAAUCAUCCUAUUUGAAAACUGAACCCACAACCCCAAGACUCUCACGGUCUCACCCCAAACAUUUCAAUCUUCAAACUUCAAAAUUCUUCCCAAAUUCUUCAGACUUUUUUGUGUUUUCUUCUUCUCAAAUAGAAAGGAUUAGGGUUUUUUUUCCGAUUAUAAUUCUUGCGUAAUUGUGAGAAUAUUGAGGGUUAGAUAGUUAUUCCGAAUCCAAUUCAAUCGCCAAUUGGUAUAUCUGGUAAUAAUUUGGGGAAAUGCAAUUAGGGUUUUGGCGGGAUUUUAUCAAAUUUCAGCUAUUACAUUUCUAAAAUUCGAGCCUUAUGACUUAGAAUUUUCAAUUUUGUUAGUGAAAUUUCAAGAUUAUGGAACUAUUUCUUGAUUCUACGGCAGUUAUCAGCUGUUCUAGAGCUGUUGUGAAUCGCAGCAGUUCUAAGUCGAUGAUUUUGGCAUCUUGUAACAACAAUUUUCGUGUUUCGGUAUCGAUUUCUCCAAGAAAACCUCCAUUGAAGUAUGUGUAUAAAUCCCUUUUUGCAUUUCCAGUUUCUGAUAGUAAUAGCAAUAGAUGUUUCAAGUGUUUGAGCAAUAGAAAUAACAAUGAUGAUAGAUUGAUUGAUACUGACCCAGUAGUUGAAGAGGGAAAGAAAGAGAAUUUUGAUUCUGUUAAGGCAUUGCUCAAGAAUGGGAUGUUUUUGACAGCUAUAGUUUGUGGGGUUUUCCUGUUCGAGUGUCGAAAAGUGAUGGCGGUUGAAGGGGUGGUUAAUGCAGGAUAUGGGGUGAUUGGGCAGAGUAUAUUGUUGUUGAGGAACGCGUGGCCGAAGACAUUGCAGGUUCUUAUGGUGUUUAAGGAGCAAGGAUUGAUACUUGCCGCGCUUUUGAGUCUUUCGGCUUUCUUCUCCAUGGCCGAAACCUCUAUCACCACUCUAUGGCCUUGGAAGGUGCGUGAGUUAGCUGAAAAAGAACCUGAUAAUGGCGUCUUCAGAAUGCUUCGAAGUGAUGUUACUCGAUUUCUCACGACUAUUCUCAUUGGCACAACAGUUGUCAAUAUCGCGGCAACUGCAUUAGUUACUGAUGCUGCAACAGCAAUAUUCGGUGAAGCUGGGGUCACUGCUGCAACUGGAUUGAUGACUGUUGCCAUUUUGCUUCUUACUGAGAUAACUCCCAAGAGCAUAGCUGUGCAUCAUGCCACUGAGGUGGUUAGAUUUGUGGUCAGACCAGUGGCCUGGCUUUCUUUGGUUCUAUAUCCUGUGGGAAGAGUCGUUACUUUCUUAUCGAUGGGCAUAUUGAAAAUGCUUGGAUUAAAAGGAAGAAGUGAACCAUACGUUACUGAGGAUGAGCUGAAGUUGAUGCUGCGAGGAGCAGAGUUGAGUGGAGCAAUAGAAGAGGAAGAACAGGACAUGAUUGAAAAUGUGCUAGAGAUCAAAGAUACACAUGUGAGGGAGGUUAUGACACCGCUUGUUGACGUUGUUGCCAUUGAUGCAAGUGCAUCAUUAAUUGAAUUCCAUAAUUUGUGGGUAACGCAUCAGUACUCUAGAGUGCCUGUAUUUGAGCAGCGUGUUGAUAACAUAGUUGGUAUUGCGUAUGCAAUGGAUAUGCUGGAUUAUGUUCAAAAGGGGGAGCUAUUAGAAAGUUCUACUGUUGGAGAUAUGGCACACAAGCCAGCUUACUUUGUUCCUGAUUCUAUGUCUGUAUGGAAUCUUCUUCGAGAGUUUCGAAUUAGAAAGGUUCACAUGGCCAUUGUCCUUAACGAAUAUGGAGGAACUGUAGGGCUAGUGACUUUAGAAGAUGUUGUUGAAGAAAUUGUCGGUGAAAUCUUUGAUGAGAAUGAUUCAAAGGAGGAGAUUCAGAAGAAAACGGGCUACAUUGUUAUGCGAGCGGACGGGAUCUAUGAUGUGGAUGCUAAUACUACAAUUGAUCAACUUUCCGAAGAGUUGAGCAUUAAGAUGCCUGAGCAGGAUCACCAAUAUGAGACAGUUUCUGGUUUUAUCUGUGAAGCAUUUGGAUAUAUCCCAAGAACAGGUGAGAGCAUGAAGGUGGUUCUUGAGAGGGAUAAUCAAGAAGAGGAUGACAAAUACGAGGAAGAUGAAUCAGAACGUCGAGAAAAAAAGGAAAAAUCACAAAUUUUCAAGCUUGAGAUACUAGCUGGGAAUGCAAGAAAGGUUAGUGCUGUUCGGUUUGAAAGGGUGGAACUUGGUGGCAUGCAAGUGGAGGCUAAAGAAGUUGCACCUGUUUUCCCUAAAAUCAUGAAGAGGAGUCGACCUCGAGGUGAGAACUCAAAUAGGUCUUACAAUCAUGAGGACAACUUUCAUCAGAUGGUCGAAGAAAAUGGCUUGGAUCAAUCUGUUGACAAUGAGGAUGGAUUCGGAAAGGAAAGAGAUGGCAGCAGCUCUGACAGUGACUUGAUUAUGGAUCAUGUUGAUAGUCAUGAUUAGCCAGCCGGGCCUGGUCGGGCCUCCUACUGCUUAGUGGAUUAUCUCUUGGUUAAAUCAAGCCAAUCUGUGGGGUUGGUUCAGGCUAGGUCUGAAUCAAAUGUAGACCGGUUCUGUAUUUGAACUAAGCUGGUCUUUAUAGGGAACCUGGCAGAUUCUGGGUAAUGUUAAAGAUUGCCGAUUUGCCACUUUUACAGUCUUACAGAUGAUUAUAGAUAGUUAUCAUUUUUUUUUUGGCACGAGUUUUGUAAGUUUCAACCAGCAAAUAUUGUGAAUUUUUCCCUAUUGGAGGGUGGGUGGGGAGAGUGAUGGUUGCAUUGGAUGUUUUAGGAGAAAUAAAGCCAAAACUCAAUGUGUUUUGCGCGAGUUAGGAUUGUAUUCGUGUAAUUUUUUUAUGACAAGCAUUCCAUGCUCGCAUUCAUUGCCACUGGAUCUGCCAGUGAUGCAAAUAUUCAGUUUAACUCAAAAAAAAAAAACUACUGUGUAACAUUGGAUUAUUAUUAUUGAAUUUAAAGAGAAUAAAUAAACAUAAUAGUAAGAACAUUUUAGGUAUGUUAGAUAAAACACACCAACUUGGCAUUUAGUUAUUAUAACCCAGUGUGAAAAACAAAAUAGAAUGAAGUAAGAGUUUAAAAGAGGUAUUUUGUAUUUCAUAGACGAGUUAACAAAAAAAAGGUGGAUAAAGUAAGAGAUUGGACCAUAAAAAAAAAAAAAAAAAAAAAAAAAAAAAAAAAAAAAAA